UAACUUUAAGUAAAAUACUAUAAAACCAAAAUUAAGUUGUAUAUUUAAAAUUCAUUAUAUAAUGUAUUUUUACAUUUAAUUUAUAUAAUAUAUUUUUACUUUAUUAGUUUAGAAAAUGUGAUUUAUUAUGUUUUUUACCACCAUAAGUUAAUAAAUAAUAGAUAUUAUUGCAGUGAAAUUUACUAUGUCUGUCAUAGAUAGACUAGCUAGAGCUUUAGAUGGGCUCACAACAAAUGAUUUAAUUAGCCGAGCCGGUGAGAAAGAAAAGUAUUGCCGUGCUACCGCUGAUUUGAUAUGUGCACCUAUUAUUAUGAAUUUUUCAACAUUUGGUGAGCUUUUACACAAAUCAAUUGAUAGUUUAUUAAGAAUGUGUGAUCACACUGAAGCUAAUGUUCGAAUGGUAGCUGAAGAAAACUUGAACAGAGUAGUGCGAUGUAUGAUUGACUACCGUAAAUCUGAAAUAUUUGUAGAAUUGUUAAAAGAAAUUAAAAGAAAUGAUACUGUUCGUCGUUUGAGAGCUGCUCUAUCUAGAUUUGGAAAUAUUUGUCACUUGAUUACUCCUUCUAGUCGUAAAAAAUAUGUUGUUUUUUUGAUUCCUUGUUUAAGAAAAAUUGCGACGAGAUCAGAAGAACCAAUUGCUGAAAUGUUAGCGCUAAGUUUUCCAAAAAUAAUGCAAAGUUUAGGCCAUAUUAUGUCAGAUAACAAUAUUAAAUUGCUAUUAGAGGUGUUCAUGAAUAGCCUUGUGACUGAGUCAUCAACUGUUCGAAGGUCUAGCAUUACUUGUAUUGAAAAUUUAUGUCUUUAUAGUAAAAAGCCAAUUAUUUUUUUUAAAUAUGUUUUGUUAAUUAAUUCUAUUUUGAUUUAUGAUAUAAAUAAAUUUAUGGUUUCUGGACGUUCUUGGGCAGAAAGUUGUGUGAUUAUUGGAAUACUAAAUAAUUUAAAGAAUAUUUUGCAGUAUUCAAAUUAUAUUGUUGAUAAUAGUUCCAAUGAAUUUAAGCUAGAACUAAAGUUUCUUCAAAAAAUUUAUUUACAGAUAUUUAGAUUUUGUUGUUUUGUUAUAAUGCAUCCAGAUACUAACAUAGUAACAUCUGCAUUAGAUACUUUAACUCAAUUGUUUAUAUUCAGUCCAUUUGAAACAUUACAUAUGUUACUUAAAAGAAAUAUGUUGAAUCAAGUAAAACUUCACGAGACUGAAAUUGUUAAAAUGCAUGCUCUUGUGAAUACCAUUAAGAUGCCACAAACAUUAGCUCAAAGUUUAGAAAAGUCAUUUCAUCACAGCUCAUCUGAAAGCUUAGGAUCUUCUUUUGUAAAUAUUCCUUACCCACAUUUUGAAGAUGAAACAAGAUCAGUUUCGCAAUCUUUAGAUUCAACAAAACCAUCAGUUUCAUCAGCAAACUCAAUGACUAACUUAUACUCAGAGUUUGGUGAUGAUAGUUUAAGUGAAGUAGAUUCAAUAGUUGAUAAUAUAUUUUUUACUGAGUUUGAAAAUCCUAAAGAUUUUGAUGAACAAAGUGUAAUAUCUGAUCAUAGUUAUCAUUCAACUUCCGAUUCUGUGUUGCAGCAAGAAUUUGAAUUUAUUAAUCAAAUAUGCAUUGACAUACCGCUUAAUAUUUUGAGCAAAAAAAUAACCUCAAUGUUUUUAGCAUUAGAUUCUAAUAAACCAGUUAGAACAGGUGUUAAAUCUUCAGCUCUUUGUUGUCUUACUGAAAUGAUUAAACUUGAUCCAAAUUUAGUUCUAAUUAUUUAUAAUUCUUCAGAAUCUGUAGUUCAGACUGUUAUUAAUUAUACUUCUCAUGAAGAUCACCUUUUAAGAGGAAUGGCUAUUAAAUUGAUUGGUACAUUCAUAAGUAUAACUCUUAAAGAAAAUCACGGACAAUUUAAGUUAAAAGAGACUCUUUUUAAACCAAUAAAAAUAAACGAUUUAAUUAGUAUAAUUUUACAGGGUCUAAAAGAUGAAUCAUACAUGUGUGUUUGCAAUUCUCUAUCAGCUGUUUCUCUUUGCAUAAUGCCACUUUUAAAUAGUGAAAUAUCAAAUUAUUGUUCACCUAUAUUUGAAACUAUUUUGUGUGGCAUUAAUCCUUAUUGGCUUGUUAAGGUAAAAUUGUUAGAAAUAAUUGAAAAUUUAUCAUUUAUGGCUGUGUAUUAUGCAACUAAUAGUUCAAUUUAUCAAGAUCGUAUUUUAGAAAGAAUAGUAUUUAAAUUUUUAUUUGAUCAUGAGUAUAAUGUGAGGCAUGCUGCAGCUAAAUGUUUAGUAAGUGUUGUUCGUAAUUGCUACUUUAAAAUUGACUAUAAACAACAAGAUGUUGUAACAUCUUGGGUGUGUGUUAAUACGAAUUUGUAUUGCUCAGAUUUUAUUCAACUUCAAAAUAAUGAAGAAUAUGAUAUAUAUGGAGAAGCAUCAUUAUCACGGCAUAUUAAUCGCCUAACUAAUGAACUUAUAAAAAACCAAUCUAUGUUUGUUGUGGCUGGAUGCAUUGAAGCAUUGACAUUGCUUUCUGAUACUUAUAAAUCCCCAGCAUAUCCUAAAGCAUGGAAAUGUAUUAUUACUACUAAAGGAUUUAAUCACAAUUCAACUACUAGUCCAUGUUCUGCAUUAUUUACAUCAGUACUUUCUUCAUUAAUAUCAUCAACAGCUCUUGAUUUAGAAAUGCAUUCUUGGAUGUUAAAACUUUCUUCAAAUUUAGUUAUAGAAAUAGCUAACGCUUUGCAAAGUUUGAAGGAUCAUAAAAUUGAAUUUGGUAGAUAUAAUUGUUGGUUUGAGGAUGAAAAACUAAAAAAACAAUUUAAUGAAUUAUGGACUCAUGUCCUUAAAUUGUUAAAUAUGUUUCGUAAUGUGAUAUUAGAUUAUAAAGAACCUACUAACAAACCAAUAUCAAUACAAAUAUCAGCAGAAGACAUUGAAAAGGAUAAGAAAACAUCAAAAGGUAUGUUUUCAAGGAGUAAUUAUUAUUAUAAAUUACAAUCCAUCACUAAAGCCUCUUAUAAUAAUUACAAGUUAUCUCUUGAAAAUAUAAGUAAUGAGAAAUUCAUAAAAUUUCUAGAAUCGCUCCUUAAUGCUCUUAAAGUACUCCUUAAGUAUAUUGCACCAACCGAAUGUAACCAACAUGCUGAACGUAUUAUUCUUUGUCUUACUUCAGUAGCUAAUUUAGUUCCUGGUUAUAGCUCUCAAGUUUUAGCAGAGCUAUUUAAGUGCAUAGUACCAAAGCAUGACAUAAUGAAAAAUCAUCUAUAUAUUAAAAAGGAGGACCAAGUGAUUCAAAAAAAUAAUUUAUUAAUUCCAUGUUUAUACACUCAAGCAUUAGAAACUCCUUAUGGAUAUAUUUCUGGUUUUAUUGAUUCUAAAAUAAAAACUUCUCAGUUUGCAAACAAACGUUGGGAAGAACAUGUUCGUAGAACUUCAAUUGGUGGACAAUUAUUUAUACCCAAAUCUGACAAUUUAGACUUUUCUUCGAACCUUAAAUUUUUUCGACCCUUAAUUAUUAAAUUUUUGAAGGAAUAUGUCAUUACUGGAGAUAUACUAGUGCAAUCAAAUAUAUUAGAGCUUCUCAUUAUUUUAAUUCAGUUUAAAAUAAAUUUCAAUAUUAUUGAUCCAAAACAAGAAUUUUUAAAUUUUUUGUUUAAUCAGUUUGAUUAUCUAGAAAAUGGUCUAAUAAGAAAUCCUGAAGUUUUAAUUUCAAAAAUAUUUAAUUUAUUUAUCCAUUUAUCAACAGACAAAAGUAAAUCAAAUAAUUUAAUUUCUGAAGCUAUUCGGUUAUGUGAUGGACUUAUGGCUAGUGGAUAUCCUCCUGAUUUAUAUUGUAUUCCAGCUAUAUUGCCUAUAGUUGAGAAUGUAUAUGUAUUGAAAUCUGCAUUUAUGGUGAAUUCCUCUGAUUUAAAAGAACUAGAUGCCCAAAGAGAAAUGUUAUUUGCUAUGUUAUUGAGAUUAUGUCAAUUUAAUGAAGUUAUUAAUAUUCUUAGCUUGGUUAUAAUGGAGGGCAGUGAGGAAAAAUGGAGAAAACAGUCUAGACAACUGUUUGACACACUUUAUACUUCAUUUGGAGGAUGUAAAAUUCAAGCAUCAUUGCCUUCUUUACUUAAUUUGCUAUUAACUUUGCAUCCAUCUUCUUAUAGUCUUCAACAACAACUCCAUGUUUUGUUUAAUACUUGUUAUGAUGUUGAAAAAUGUACUUUGGAACCUUGGUUGAAUACAAUACUCUCAAAUUUGAUUAUUAUAUGUAUUCAAAGAUCUGAAGACGUACUUCUACAAAGGAUUUCCGAAAUUGAUAUAUUUAUUAGUUCUAAUUUAUUUGAACUUGCUACACAAACUGAUCCAUUAAAUGCAUCAAUGUUUAACAAGAACCGUCUUCCUGGUGAACAAACAUUUGCUAAGUUUUUAUUUAGAGUGAUUUAUUUAUCUGUUAAUGAUAUAAAAAUAUUUCAUGGACAACCUCAAACUAAUAGUGAUAGUAAAGUUGGUCUAUUAUCAGAGUUUUUGUUAACUUGUCAGUAUAUAGUUCAAUCUGGUAAUUUUCAAAAAGUUGUUAAAGCAUUACAAAUUUUAAUGAACGAUCCAGUAUUCAAAAUAUUACAUAAAAACAUUUUUACUUUAACUAUGAUGUACCCUAUUCUUGUUUUACAUUGGGUACAAUUUAUUGGACUUUUGGAGUAUGAUAAUAUUGAUUUUUGGAAAUCAUUAAUUUGGAUAAACUCUGUUGAAAAAGAGAAAAAAAACUGUUUUUAUUUAAGUGUAGUUCAAAAAGGUUGUUUCUUAAUCUUAUGUGAGAUAUUAAGUAAAAAAGUUAGUAUUGAAAAUAAUUUGUUAAAAUGGUUUUUAUCUGAGUGUGCCGUUCAACUUCUACAACUAGGUAAUGAGACAUCUGCUCAAGAGCUUCUUAAUUGUGUUAAUAAAGACUCUACUUUAAGUCUUAUUCACUUAACAGCUAUCAAAGAAAAAUGUGUUGGUGAUAAGAUGAAUUUAACAAAUGAGCUGCUAAGGAUUAUGAAUGAAGCACAUCCUGCUCAUUGUGGAGAAGUAAUCAAAUUAAUUUUGCCUUCUUUAUUAGAAGAUCCUCAUUUAGCAGUAUCCCAGUUUGCUAGCUCCAUUGCUAUAAGAAAAAUGGAAUACCUCUUAACAUUACCAAUAAGUAUUAGUUCUAAUCAGUUAAGUAGUGAUGAAACUAAAAAUAUUCUGGAUUAUUUUAAUAAGUCAAAUAUUUCUAUCAAAAAUCGUUAUUGUAUAUUGAUAUCAUUAUUCAACAAGUUUGGAACUCAGUGUUAUAAUUUUUCAAGUAUAGAAGUUGAUCAAAAUAAAAUAAUUAAUAUAUCAGAUAUAAAAAAUGUUGAGAUUGAUAAAAAUUGGUUUUUUGAACAAGUUAAAAGCAGAUGCUGUCGUAAUGAUUGCCCUAGCUUUGAAUCUGCUAAAUUGUUGUCAAAUCUACCACUGCAAGAUGCCGUUUCCAUAAUGAGAUCUGAUGGUUUUAACUAUGAUAUUCUACAACAUUGUUUUACUAUUUCGACCCUCAUUUCAAUUGAGAACUGGAAAAAAAUAUCUGAAGAAUCCUCUAAUUUAGAACUUUGUCCAUUAUUUGUUGCUGCAAGAUUUGUACUCAUAGAACAUGUCCAAAAAACUUGUAGUUCUUUGCCUAAAUUCCAUCAGAUUUUUCUGCCUCUAAAUGAUAAAUUAAAUGAAAAACAAGUUUCCUAUAAAACUCAAAUGUAUGAAUUGUUUGCUGAUAAAUCAAUGAUAAAAGUAAUAUUACAUAUUAUACCAGCGGUAACAACAUUUUUAGAAUGUGUCAAAAAUUUAUCCAAGUAUAAAGCUAAAGGUCAUAUCAUAUUAAUGAAUUCAAAUAAAACACUUAUAAAGUUUACAGUUUUUAUUGUUGAAUUAUUAAAAUGGAAAUUAUACACAAAAACUGCAGCAGCCAGUAUGAUACAACUUCUUUUACAAUGCACUUAUUGUAUUUUUGAUGUUUGUGAGUUAGCCAAUGAUUUUUGUUCAACUGAAUUAGGAUCAAUUGCAUCUACUUUAAUUUCAGUAGUUGAAUUUAUCACUGAAGAUAUACUUCCAUUGGAGUCAAACGACUAUUUUAAAGAAAAACCUGAAUUAUUUUCCAUUUGUCAACAGCUAUCAUCAUUGGUUUCUUGGGUAGAAAAAUCUUGCCCUAAAACUUCAACUAUUUAUUUAAAUCAUAUUACAUGUUCUAUAAUACAAAUUUUAAGUCGCCAUCCAUUAAUUAAUGGCUAUGUAAGGGUACCUCCUGAAGCAUGGAAAAUACUGCAGAAUAAAUCUAGAGUCCCUAAAUUCAUUAUACCAACAAUUCCUGUGGACAUAUUUAAAGAUGUAGAUAUAUUAAAACAGUUCAUAUCUAGAUUAAGUGUUGUAGGUUGGAAUAGCAAACAACAAUUUGAAGAAACAUGGAUGAUAUUAUUGAGUGUAUUGGUACCAUCAAGUGAAGCUAAUGUACCUAAAGAAGAAUUAAUUUCUCAAAUUCAGGCUAGCAGUACUGCUGUCAAUGGAAUUACACAGUUAUUUAGUCAAGCACUAUUUGAAAAUUAUCCUGGAGAUACCACCAAAGAUACUUUUUUACAUGUCUCUAGAGAUUCACCGCUUGAAUUAUCUCAUCAUAAGUGGUUUAUUAAAUUAGAAGAAGUUAAUGAACUAAUUUAUGCUACCUAUAGUAAGUUUAAGCGCACAGCAAGUAAAGAAUGUUUAUUAGACCGUUUAGAUAAUAGAGCCAAUAUUGAAAGAAUUCAUGAUCAACAUAGAUAUAGUUAUCACCAAUUAUCUGUAAAGUUUUUACAAUCUAUAAUAACAGAUGAUGGGAAGAAUAUUCGUAAUACCACUAAUACUAAAGACUCGAAUUUUAAGAUGCAAUUAUAUGAAAGAAUGAAAAUUAUAAAGGACAGUAGUUUAGACUUAACUUCAUGUAUAUCACUUUUAAAAGAAGUUUUUAAUCAGUGGAUGGAAUCAAAAACACGGGGUUCUCAGUCACAAAUCAGUGAAAUGAUCAAGUGUUUACUUGUAAUAUCAGAUUUGUUUACUGAAAUUGAACAAUAUAUUUGGAUGUUGAAUGUGUGUUUAGAAUUAUCUCAAACACACCAUCAAGAAGAUAUAAUUUUGCAUCAGUAUGUUAUUAUUGGUGCAGCUAAAGCUAUGGCUAUUUCUAAUGUAACGGAUUUGAAUAAUAGGGAAAAAGUUUUAAAACUAAUAGAAAAUGGUUUAAAGUCAAAUUGUCGAUUAACUCAAUUAGCUGCUUUGCAUGGACUUCUAUAUUUAUUGGAAGGAUGUUAUAAUAGUACAUAUUUACAAAAUAACUUAGAAAUAAUUCAAAUCGCAGUGGAUUUUGUUCAGAAACAUUUGUGCACUGAAUAUUCUAUGCUAUAUGAAUAUGAAUGGCAGCUUUGUGUAAUAUCAAUUGCUUUUUAUGUCGCUGAACACAAUACAAAUAAUAUUGAUAAUUCUUUGCUCAUUUCACUUGAAGGAUUGACUAAAGUAGUAUCAUCAUCUAGAAAUUUUAUUAUAUAUCAAGCUCUCAUUCAGGGUUUUCAAAGAAUUGUGUUCACCAAGUAUACAAAUCAAAAUAUUAUUGAACAAAUAACAUUACUUGCUUUAGAUAGGCUUUCAAAUGCACCACCUGGAUUUUCUUUACCAGCCUUACAACUCCUUUUGUCAUGUAUUUAUGCAGAGCAUUACGUAGACAAGAUGCAAUCUGAAAUUGAUCCUGAUAUAAUAGUUACAGAAAUGGAAAAAGUCAGUAUGCUUUUUGAAAGGAUUAAAAAAGGAAGUUUAUUAGAAGUUGAAAUUACUACAGUCAUUAUGUCUAAAGUCCUUGCUGAUAUAUUUCCAGUAUCAUAUGUCCUUAUGAGAGUAGUUGGAGAAUUUCUUUCACCUAGUCAACCUCAUCCAACCCAUAUGUGUACUGUUGUUAAUGAAAUUUUUGAAAGAUUAAUAGAAGAAUCUGAAUUGGAUUUGCUACAAGAUUGGGUUAUUACAUCUUUAAGUAAUUUUACCCAUGGACUACAGAUUCCUAUGGCUAUAUAUUGUUUAAUUUGUUUCUUCAUUAGCUCAUCUACUAACAAAUGGCUAAGAGCAAUAUUUUCUCAUGUGCGACUACGACUAGGACGCUAUGAGUAUGAAGAUAGAAAACUUCUAUGCUUAGCUGCUUUAAACUUUUAUAACAAUUUAUCAAAUGAUACUCAAAAAAAAUUGUACAAAGAAUCUUUUCAAUCAUCAGCCAAGUCAAAAAAUCCUUUUGCAGAUAUUCUUUUAUGUUUGGAGUAAUUUUUUGAGUUUAAAUUAAGAAAAAAUUGAUAUUCUAAGUGUUAUAUUAUUAUAUUAACAUCAUACUCAUAUUAACUAUUAUGUUUUUAUGAAUUACUAUUAUGAACAUUUUAUAUUUUUUCCAUA